ACCGCCACCUCCACCACCACGCCCGACCUUGCCUGGCCGUGUCUUGCCUAAUAAGUUGAUGCACACUCGCCCCUCGUGGCCAGACCUGCCUGCUUCCUCCUCCCAAAACCACAUCACCUCCCCCCGACGACCGCUCCGUCGACGGCGCCCCCUUCCUCCAGAGACAGCUAGAUGAGUCCGCGGCCCCAGACGGCCCUUUCUUCGUGCUGCCGCGCCUCUGCGGUCUCACCACAACCAAGGGCAGCCUCGGCUCCCAUGAUCCUCCAGAGCCUGGCUGUGCCCCUCCUUCCAUCACCAUGGAUAUCGGGGACGCAGGCAGCGACAAUGGCGAGCUCAAGCCCCGCGCCAUUCCUACCAACCUUCCCACGUCUCUAGACGACCGCCGGCACGCCCCGACCGAGGAUUACGUGCGCGAGACGGAGAUGUACGAUGGCUGGCAAGGCCAAUCUCAGUUCCUGACGACGCCCGCCCUGGCGAAGCCGCUCAACUUUGGCAACCUCUCCCUCAAUGAUGCCGACUACGAAAAGGACAUCGCAAAGGGCCCCACCGACAGCGAUGCCCGGCUGAUGGAGAUGCUGCAGGCUCAGGCCGCUGCACACCAGGCUGGCCAAGGCUACGAGAACGAGCAGGCGGUCGUCGAUGACGAGAAGCUGACCGAGGCGGAAAAGAAGGACUUGCUGCAGCGGGCGCUGACCAUGGCGGCCAGCAACGGCGACGUUGGAAAAGUCAAGAGCCUUCUGACGGGCAGCGCCAAACCCUUUGUCGACGUCAACACCUCCGACGAGGACGGCACGCCUCCGUUGAUAUACGCUAGCUGCUUCGGGCAUGAGACCGUGGUUCAGGCGCUCAUCGAAGCCGGUGUCGAUGUCAACAAGCAGGACCGAAAUCAAUGGACCGCCCUCAUGUGGGCCAUGACGAACCGCCACAAGGGCAUUGCCAAGCUCCUGCUAGACAACAAGGCGUCCUCGGAUCAAAAGACCUCAUCAGGGCGGACGGCAUUCGACUUCGUUCCGCCCGACAGCGAAAUGUCGUACUAUCUGCACGACAACGGCUACAACAUCGGAAACGCGGGCGUGACCGACGACUUCUAUAGCCCUGGUUUCUCACAGGACCGGUUCGAGGAGGAGAUGGCGGAGAACGAGAUGCGGAGGCGACUGAUGAUGGAGAGCGCUAGGGACCUCGAAGUCGACCUGGGCAACGUCGGGAUGGAUGACCAGCCAGAGCCUGCCGAUGAGUUCGAGGAAGAGCAGCAAGAGUUUGACUGGAGCCGUUGUCUCCACGACCAAAUGUUCGUCUUCCAGGAACACGAACUCGAUCGGAUACUCGACAUCAUCAUCACCAAAAUGACGCCACAGAGGUCGCCGUCGCAGAAACCAGUGCCCGCCAAUAUGAUCUUUCUCAGUGCGCGGUACGCCCAUUACCAUUCCAGCCCGGAGCUGUUGGAGAGACUGCUCGUCACAGCCAUGGACCUCAUCAACGAGGUUGUGGAAAAGUGUCAGUGGGACAUGACCAUAUUGGCGUUCUGGAUCUCCAACGCGACGCUGCUCCUACAUUACCUCAAGAAGGAUGCUGGGCUGGUUGAGGCGACAAGCGAGUUCCAGGCUCAUCUUGCCGAGCUCAUAAACGAAAUCUUCAUUUUGAUUGUGCGUGACGCAGAGAGGCGCCUCGACAAGGUGCUCGACGCGGCGAUGCUAGACCACGAGACCAUACCCGGCUUCGAGGACAUCACUUUCCAGAACGAAUGGAAGCUGUUCAAGAGGAAGACGACAGUGAAGGAAGAGCCGCUGGAGAAGCGCUUCCGGCCACCCUCGCCAAAGCAGCGAGCAAAGCCGGCGCCGCGGAAUGUGACGUCGCUUCUCUCGUCGACGCUGUUCGUCUUGGACCUCUACGAUGUCCAUUCGGUCAUCACCGCGCAGAUCAUCUCGCAACUUUUGUACUGGAUUGGGGCAGAGUUGUUCAACAGAAUCAUGUCGAAUCGGAAGUACCUGGCGCGGACAAAGGCCAUGCAGAUCCGCAUGAACAUUUCCAUACUGGAAGACUGGGCGCGGACGAAUAACAGACAAGCCGAGCACUACGAGGGGGGAGAGACGAAGGCCUCGGGAGAGAACACGACGGACGCCGCCAGGAGGCACCUGUCACCAGCCAUUCAACUCCUCCAGUGGCUGCAGUGCUUCUCAUCCCUCGGCGCGGACGACCUCGAGGCGCUGGUCGGAACGCUGCAGCAGCUCAAACGGCUGACACCACAGCAGCUCAUACACGCCGCCUCUCACUACCGGCCGGAGGUGGGAGAGAAGGGCCUGCCGAAGAGCGCCCUGAAGUAUUUGGUGGCCAUACAAAAGGAGGCGGCCCUCAAGCGUGAACGGCGCCGGAGCAGGGCGACGUCGCCACGGCCAAAGACGGGCCAGGACAGCACGCCUGCGACGCCUGUCAGGGGCAAGCACAACGGCGGAGCUCUGGACGGCUCCGACAGCGUGAAGAGCACCCCCAACCCCAACGGCAACAACGCGUCCGACGGGGAAGACGAUGAUGCGCCGGAGCAUCUGCUGCUAGAUCCGGCGCUCAUGCUCCCCUUUACCCUGCCCUCGGUGACAGACAUGCUGGUCUCUUACGGUGCGGGCUUCGGGGGGCUGAACCGGGAGCGUGAGCGGAAAUACAUCCCAACCGUGCCGCCAGAGUUUUUGGAGAAGCUGGAGGUCACAGGUGUCCGGAAGGAGCCCAUGUUUGCGGAAAAGGAUUGGGAGAACGAAGAGGUGUGAGAGAAGUGAAAAUGGUGACGGCAGCCCGUGGUUCGCGGGCUAGAGCGAGCGAGCGAGACGGAAUGAGCCGCGGGCGGGCGGUGCAAAGGCCAGCAGUUACCUACUUUGUACGCGAGCAACCUGUCGACUUGGGCCGGCCGUUUGGCCUGUCAAACUUGACAUGCCGGGCUUGUGGUCCAUCAUGCGUACUAUAGUUGCGCGGUACUGUCUUGUAGCACGCGACAAUUUAGAAUGGGUACAAGAGCACCCCGUUGGACGAC